CCCAAAAGAUGAAGGGAUCAACAAACAGAGCUCAACCACCACCUCCAUCCCCUCCAGCAGUGAAAUCUUCAACCAUGAGUAUGAGAAGCAAGCGCAGCAGCCGUCCAGGACUAGGCACGUCCUCAGGGGGCUUCAGCAGCAUGUCCAUGGGAUCCUACUCCAUCCCCAGGAUGAGCAGCGGGGAUUAUCAGGGGGCUUCCAUUAAAGCCGUGACCGUCAACAAGAGCCUGCUCACCCCGAUAAACGUCGACAUCGACCCCAACAUCCAAGUGGUUCGCAACAAGGAGAAAGAGCAGAUCAAGGGUCUCAACAAUCGUUUUGUCACAUUCAUUGAUAAGGUGAGGCACCUGGAGCAGCAGAACAAAAUGAUGGAGACCAAGUGGAAUAUGAUGCAGGGACAGACCACCACCUCCUCUUCUGUUGAACCCAUGCUGAAGUCCUACAUCGCCAGCCUGCAGCAGCACCUGGACUUUCUCAACAAUGACAAACACAGACUGGACAUGGAGAACAAUGUCAUGCACAAAAGUGUGAACGACAGCAAGACAAACUAUGAGGAUGAGAUCAACAAAAGGAAUGAUGUGGAGAAUGAGUUUGUCCUGAUCAAAAAGGAUGUGGACGCAGGCUAUAUGUCCAAGGUGGAUCUACAUGACAAGGUGUCUAUGAUAAGUGAUGAAGUCAACUUCCUCAAGGCUAUGUAUGACCAGGAGCUGCGUGAGCUGCAGGACAGCCUGAAGAUGACCUCUGUGGUGGUGCAGAUGGAUAACUCCCGAGCUCUGAACAUGGAUCAGAUCGUGGCAGACGUCAAGGCUCAGUAUGAGGACAUUGCUGGUCGCAGUCGUCAAGAAGCUGAAAACUGGCACAAGAGCAAGUUUGACCAGAUCACAGCCACAGCCGACCAGUAUGGCACUGAUCUGCGCAGUUCCAAGGGGGAAAUAUCUGAGCUCAAUCGAAUGAUCAGCCGCCUGCAGAAUGAGAUCCUGGCUGUAAAGGCACAGCGUGCCAACAUUGAGGGCCAGGUAACUGAAACUGAGCAGCGCGGGGAGGGGGCCGUGAAGGAUGCCAAGGCUCGCAUCGAGGACCUGGAGCGGGCUCUGCAGAGGGCAAAGCAUGACAUGGCUCUGCAGCUCAGAGAGUACCAGGAGCUCAUGAAUGUCAAGCUGGGCCUGGACAUAGAGAUCUCCACCUACAGGAAACUGCUGGAGGGAGAGGAGGAAAGAAUUGGACAGGACUCUAUUGUGAACAUCCAAACUGUGCAAAACCAAACCGUCCAUGUUGACAACCCCAGGCCACGAAGGCAAAGUGCAAUCCUCAUCAAGACAGUGGAGACCCAAGACAUAUCAACAUGGAACUAAUGCAGAAAAAACCUACAAUAUAUUAGCCUGCUGGAUCCCCUUGACCAUUCAACUCGAACCUUUGCAUUAAUCUCAUUGUAACCUACAUUAAGACAGCUGCACCAACUAACCAUUACUUCCCCUCCCAUUGAAUGAAACAUGAAUGACCACUUCCUGUUUUUGUAAUAAAGAUGUGCUCAGUUGCAUGA